CUCAGCUUUUCCAGCGACUUCUAAGGGGGGGGUAAGAGAGGAAACUCCCCUCCCCGCCUCACUGUGUCCCUUCUGUCGCCAUAUUCUCCAUGCAGAUCUCCAGCAAGCAGCACCCCGACUCAGGGCAGCACGAAACUUCAACACCCCCUAAAAAAUCCAGGGGAGCACCUUCCAGGAGCUGCAGGGCAAGAUGACUAACGUGUCGUAUCACAUCUCUAACCUCCUGGAGAAGAUGACAUCCACUGACAAAGAUUUUAGAUUUAUGGCCACCAAUGACCUGAUGAUGGAACUGCAGAAGGAUUCCAUAAAGCUGGAUGAAGACAGUGAGAAGAAAGUUGUGAAAAUGCUUUUAAAACUGCUUGAGGACAAAAACGGGGAGGUGCAGAACUUGGCUGUCAAGUGUUUGGGCCCUUUGGUCAGCAAAGUGAAAGAAUAUCAGGUAGAAACUAUUGUGGACUCUCUGUGUACAAACAUGUUAUCAGACAAGGAACAACUUCGGGAUAUCUCCAGCAUUGGUCUGAAAACAGUCAUCUCAGAGCUGCCUCCAGCAUCUACAGGUUCCACCAUGACAGCCAAUGUGUGCAAAAAGAUCACGGCCCAGCUAACUGGAGCCAUUGGGAAACAAGAGGAUGUAUCUGUGCAGUUAGAGGCUCUUGACAUCCUGUCAGAUAUGUUGAGCAGGUUAGGGGGGAUGCUUUACACUUUUCAUUCCUCCAUCCUGAACUGCCUCCUUCCUCAGCUCACAAGCCCCAGAUUGGCUGUGCGUAAGAGAGCCAUCAUUGCUCUAGGCUAUCUGGUUUUGACUUGCAAUGGGAAUAUCUUCUCAGAACUCAUGGAGCACUUGCUAGCUGAACUGAAGAGGAAUGAGUCUACUUCUACCACAAGAACGUACAUUCAGUGUAUCGCGGGUAUCAGCAGGCAGGCUGGGCACCGCACAGGAGAAUAUCUGGAGAAGAUCAUCCCAUUAGUUGUUAGUUACUGUAACGUGGAAGAUGAUGAGCUGAGGGAAUACUGCUUUCAGGCCUUCGAGUCUUUUGUGAGAAGGUGUCCAAAGGAAAUUGGCCCUCACAUCCCUAGUGUGAUGGGAUUGUGCCUGAAGUACAUUACUUAUGACCCAAAUUACAACUAUGACAAUGAGGAGGAGGAGGAAGAGGAGGAAAUGAUGGAAACUGAAAAUGGGGAGGAUGAAGACCAAGAGAGUGAUGACGAGUACAGCGAUGACGAUGACAUUAGCUGGAAAGUUCGCAGGUCUGCAGCUAAGUGCCUGGAAGCCAUUGUCAGUACCCGGCACGACCUCCUCCAGGAUUUCUACAAGACUCUAUCCCCGGUUUUGAUUGGCAGAUUCAAGGAAAGAGAGGAGAAUGUCAAAGCCGACAUCUUCUGUGCAUAUAUCUCUUUGCUGAAGCAAACCCAGCCCAUACAGAGCUGGCUACAUGCUUCAGAUGCAGGAGGCAAGGAAGAGAUACCCCUCACCAUGCUUAAGAACCAGGUUCCAAACAUCAUCAAGGCCUUGCACAAGCAGCUCAAAGAGAAAAGCAUCAAAUCGAGGCAAGGGUGCUUCAGUCUCCUUACAGAACUGGCCAAUGUUCUUCCUGGCUGCCUGGCAGAUCACAUCCCGGCGUUAAUGUCUGGUAUUAUUUUCUCCUUGGCUGAUAAAUCCAGCUCCUCCAGCAUGAGGAUUGAUACACUGUCUUUCCUUCAUGUUCUUCUCUGCAAUCACCAACCAGAAGUGUUUCAUCCCCAUAUUAAGGCACUGCUACCUCCAGUUGUGACCUGUAUUGGAGACCCCUUUUAUAAGAUCACAUCAGAAGCUUUGCUGGUCACUCAGCAGCUUGUGAAAGUUAUUCGGCCCUUGGACAAAUCUUGUGCAUUUGAUGCCAAGCCCUAUGUGAAAGACCUUUUUUCUGGUACUCUAAAGAGAUUGAAAGCUGCUGAUAUUGAUCAGGAGGUGAAAGAACGGGCUAUCUCUUGCAUGGGACAAAUCGUCUGCAAUCUUGGAGACCAUUUAAGUGGUGAUCUCCCGCCAACCUUGAAGAUUUUUCUAGAAAGGCUGAAAAAUGAAAUAACCAGACUAACAACCGUCAAAGCAUUAACCUUAAUUGCUAGUUCUCCACUGAAGAUAGACUUAAGGCCUAUUCUAGGGGAAGGAUUCCCCAUUCUAGCUUCCUUCUUGAGAAAGAAUCAACGUGCCUUGAAACUGAGCACUCUGACAGCUCUGGACAUAUUAAUUAAGAACUACAGUGAUAGCCUCAAGCCUGCUAUGGUUGAGUCUGUGCUGACAGAGCUUCCUGCUUUAAUUAGUGAGAAUGAUUUGCAUGUUUCUCAGGUGGCUAUCGUGUUCCUUACUACCUUAGCUAAGGUUUAUCCAGCUUCCUUAUCCAAGAUAAGUGGGUCAGUUCUUUGUGAACUCUUUCAGCUUGUCCAUUCCCCUUUGCUACAAGGAGGAGCACUGAACGCCAUAAUAGACUUCUUUCAAGCUUUGGUUAUAACAAAGACAGCCAGCAUGGGUUAUGCAGAGCUGAUGAAACAGCUAACGAGCCCCAUAUACUCAAGUCCUGGUGGGGCAGCUGUGACUUUACAUAAACAAGCCUAUUACUCUGUAGCAAAGUGUGUGGCAGCCCUUUCAUCAGCAUGUCCAAAAGAAGCCACCAGGGUAGCGAGCCAGUUUAUUCAAGAUGUGAAGAACCCCAAGUCCAGUGCUGCUGUUAAAAUGCUAGCCUUCCUUUCGCUGGCAGAGAUGGGUCGCACCAUGAACCUAAGUGCUCAGAAGGAGCUCAAAACAGUAAUACUGGAAGCAUUUGCUUCUCCUAGCGAAGAGGUGAAAUCAGCAGCUUCCUAUGCUCUGGGGAACAUCAGUGCUGGAAAUCUUAAGGAAUAUCUUCCCUUUAUGCUGAAAGAAAUUGGAAGCCAGCCCAAGAGACAAUACUUACUACUCCAUUCUCUAAAAGAAGUCAUCAGCUCCUCCCCAGCAGAUGGCCUCAAACCUUAUGUGGAAGACAUUUGGGCUCUGCUUUUCAAUCAUUGCGAGUGCACAGAGGAGGGGACACGAAAUGUAGUUGCCGAAUGCUUGGGAAAACUGGCCCUAGUGAAUCCGUCCCAGCUGCUGCCCAGGCUGAAAAAGCAGCUGUCAUCAGGUUCCCCACAUGCACGAAGUACUGUAGUAACCGCAAUCAAAUUCACUAUUUCAGAUCAGCCACAGCCUAUUGACUUACUUCUGAAAGGUUGCAUAGGUGACUUCUUAAAGACUCUUCAGGAUCCUGACUUGAAUGUUCGACGUGUUGCUUUAGCCAUGUUUAAUUCUGCUGCUCACAAUAAGCCUUCUUUAAUCCGAGACAUGCUAAACACUGUCCUACCCCACUUAUACAAUGAAACUAAAAUCAGAAGGGAACUGAUACGGGAGGUAGAAAUGGGACCGUUCAAGCACACAGUGGAUGAUGGUCUUGAUGUGAGGAAAGCUGCCUUCGAGUGCAUGUAUUCACUGUUGGAAAGCUGCCUUGACCGACUGGACAUCUAUGAAUAUUUGAACCAUGUGGAGGAUGGACUUAAGGAUCAUUAUGACAUUAGGAUGUUGACUUUCAUCAUGCUGGCUCGACUCUCCACGCUGUGUCCUAAUGCAAUUCUACAAAGGCUAGAGCGAUUGAUUGAACCCCUGCGGGCAACUUGCUCUACUAAGGUAAAAGCUGGUUCAGUGAAACAGGAAUUUGAAAAGCAGGAUGAACUGAAACGGUCAGCAAUGAGGGCAGUAGCUGCUCUACUAACCAUCCCAGAAGUAGAGAAAAGUCCAGUGAUGGCUGAAUUUUCUUCUCAAAUCAGAGCCAAUCCUGAAAUGGCUUCACUCUAUGAAAGUAUUCAGAAGGAUUCAGCUUCAUUACCUACCACAGAAUCAAUGGACAUGAAUUAAAGUUCUCUGUAUCCUUCCCCUAUCCCUUUCCUCCCCCCACAACACCUAUAAGUGAAACAGAUGCUGCAUAGGCAGCCAGAAGAAUCUCUCAAAGCUAACCUCAGCUUAAAAAAAAAAGGUUUAUGCUGUUUAAGAAAAUGACAGCUAGGUCAGCUACAUGAGUCAGACUUCUGAUUAAAUAAGUUGGCAAUGAGACUAAGGUUAAAAGGGCUGUGUGCUGCAGAGGGAGUGAAAAACAAGUAUAUUAAAUUAUUCAGCAUGUUAUUAAAGGGCUUAAGUGAGGCCAUCUGAAUUUACUAUUACAAUUCAUGACUGAAGAAUAGAAACUGUCACUUGGAAGUUUCCCACCUUUGUAGCAUUUCUUGCACUACCAUUUUGAAUAAGGACAGUAGUUUAAAGGCAACUUAGUUUUCAUUUUUGCCAUUACACAUGCAUUUCUAUCCAAAAUAACUUGUCUGCAGAAGGUCUUUCUACCUUUUUCACUAGACUACACUAUUUUAAAAAUUAAGAGCAAAUGUCCUGAAACUCAGAACCAGUUAAGGGGCAGUACCACAGCCGUUUUCAAAAUUAAAAGACACCCCACACUAAGAUAUUAGCUAAUGUUCACUAUAAACUGCACUUGAGCAGAAUUUAUCUUUUGAGCUUUACUAGUUUUCAGUGUAGCUAAAUUCUUAAUUGAUAUUCUAGGAAUUUAUGGCAGCAAAAGGCAAAUAAAGCUCACUCUUGAUUUUUCUUAAGUUUGACCGGAUAAAGUAACGAAGUGAGUGUCUUCCAAAAUAGAAUGGCAUCUGUUUGAAAUUGUAAUUUUAAUUUUCCACAGAAAGUAUUUCUUUAAUCUUUUUAUAUCUACAGAAGCUUUUUCCUGUAUUAAGUUGCCAGCAGUGUUACAUUGGCUAAUGAGACUUGUGGUUGUGACUGUCCGAUACCAAAGCAUUGAUGUAUUCCAAACUGUAGUCAUUAGAACUAAAAUACAGCACAUGGCUGUAGAAGAGACCUGCCUUCAGUAUUCUGGUAUCACAUAUCUAGUAAAAUAGUAUAAGGCAACUACUAAGUUGCAUGAAUGUAAAUGAGCUCUUUUGCACACCAUACUACAACUUAGUGUCACUCAUUGUCUUGCUCAAAUCCUGCCCUGCACAGGGAAAAUUUUGUAACAGGAAUGACAGAUGGAGUAAUGGCAAACCAGAGAAUGAAGCCAUAACACUUCUUGCAGACAAGGAUUUGUAAUCUUUCAUUUCAGGUUGCUUCCUGUUUUUGACUGAGUGGUUAGCGUGAAACAUUUUAACUGUCCUGUUUAUAGUGCAGAGUGAGAGACCUUUCCACUUGGUAUGAGUGGCAUCCUAGGAAAAUAAAGAUGUAUUUUUGAAGCUGUA